GACGUGAUCGCGCGUCUCCCAGCCGGGCGGGUCCCGUGAUGGCUGGCGGUGGCGCCGCGGCUGCGGUCGCUCUGUCACUCGCCGCCGCUGCUCUGCCGGCCGCCUCUCCAGCACCAGCCGCAGGAGGACGACGACGACGCCUCCUCCUCCUCCGCGCUGCCAUGGCCGAGGACGAGAGCUCGGAGUCCCCCGGCGAAGGGUCAGGAUGGUUAUCCAGUUGGCUACCUGCAUGGUGUCCUACUUCACUGGUACAUCUUAAAGAUGCUGAAGAGAAAAUAUUGAAAUGUAUCACAAGUACAUAUAGUAAACAGUAUGUCUUCAUAUCCAAUGGAAACAAAAUAUGGACGCUAACAUUCUCUCAGAACCUUUCACAGAAAACUCCCCUUGUUCUUCUCCAUGGAUUUGGAGGUGGUGUUGGACUCUGGGCUCUGAACUUUGAAGAUCUUUGUGAAAAUAGGACUGUGUAUGCAUUUGACCUCUUGGGAUUUGGACGCAGUAGUAGGCCACAGUUUGACACUGAUGCAGAAGUAGCAGAAAAUCAAUUUGUAGAAUCUAUUGAAGAAUGGCGACGGAAAAUAGGAUUGGACAGAAUGAUUUUACUUGGACACAACCUGGGUGGAUUCCUGGCAGCAGCUUACUCUCUGAAAUACCCAUCAAGAGCAAAGCAUGUCAUAUUAGUGGAACCAUGGGGUUUUCCAGAAAGACCUUCCAGUGCUGAACAUGAAAGGGCUAUUCCAAUCUGGAUCAAAGCACUUGGAGCAGUUUUGAGUCCAUUUAAUCCGUUGGCUGGUCUCAGAAUAGCAGGACCCUUCGGAUUGAGCCUUGUACAACGUAUUAGGCCAGACUUCAAAAGAAAGUAUUCCUCCAUGUUUGAUGAUGAUACAGUUACUGAAUAUAUCUACCAUUGUAAUGUGCAGUCACCAAGUGGCGAAACAGCUUUCAAGAACAUGACAGUUCCAUAUGGAUGGGCAAAAAGGCCAAUGCUGCAACGAAUUGCCCAUAUGCACAAAGACAUUCCUAUCACUGUGAUUUAUGGAGCACGAUCAUGUAUAGAUGGCAAUUCCGGGACCACCAUCCAGUCUCUGCGACCAAAUUCUUAUGUCAAAACAAUAGCUAUCCUUGGUGCAGGUCAUUAUGUAUAUGCUGAUCAGCCAGAGGACUUCAACCAGAAAGUAAAAGAGAUUUGCAAUUCUGUGGACUAAUAGGAUUUUAGUAUUGUGAAGGAAAGCCACAGUUACAGUUCAGCAACACUUUGGUGGUAUAUUAUGAAAGUUAAAUUGUACUGGAUUUUUUUUAAAAUAGGUUUUGUUUGCACCAUUUAUUUCAAAUGUUUGCACACAUUAAACCAUGCAGUGCCUUUUGCUGGAAUAGGGAUAUAAAAAAACAAAAACUUUGUACAUUUUAGUUUGAUGCUGUUCUUUAUAUCUUUAGAUAAGAUAUUUGUAUCUAUGUAUAUUAAAUACUACAUUUUAAAAAUGGAUUGUUAACUAUUGAUUCUGAGAAAUUUAGAGCAUUUAAAUUUGCGUGCUGCAGAUGAAGCAAGAAUUUCUGUAGUAAAUAAUCUUACAAAAUUGUGAGUGAAAUUGCAAUUGGACUCCUUCAGCUUCCCUGUGUUGCAGUCUUUUUGAGCUCUUUGAGAAUUUUCAAAUAGAUGACAUUUAUUUUUUUUUGUUUGCGUCAUUCUGUCUUUACGUUUCAUUGUUUAUGUCAUUCUGUCUUUACAUUUUAUUGCCAAUUAAGGCUGGCAAGCACCCAAGAAAAAGAAAAAGUAGCAAGAAUUAGGAAAAGACUUGAGUUUCAGCGCUGAUCCCCUUCCUACCUCUUCCUCCAGUCUUGGAAUGUUUGUUGUUCGUUGCAGUAACUAUUGUAUGUUGUAUUUCCUCACAAAUUUCAUUUUGUAAGAUGCAAACAUUACUGACAUAUGCUUUUAAAGACGUCUAUUUACAAGUCCUGUGGAUUUGAAGAAUAAAUGCCUUCUUAGUUGUACAACCUGUUCAUUUGGUAAUGCAAUUAUUGAAAGAUCUAUUGCUGGCUUGACUCAAGUUUUUACAUGUUAGUAAUCCAUGUUUAAUUAAUCCUGGGACAACAUUGUCCCAGUGAUGUUUCUCAAGCCUGGAGGAGUAUGUGUUUGGAUUUUUAUUUUUACUUUUUGGGGAAAAAACCUUUUUGAAAUUAGCCAGUCGGACUGGAAGAAAAUCUUACUCCGUCAAAGUCCAAUUAUCCUAUAAGAAGGCAUCGUAGAUUUUUUUUAAAUGCAAAUGAAUCAAGAAAUGCUAUCUUACCUUAGAUGUUUUUUAUUUAUUUAAAAUGUGUGAUUUUAUUCUUUUUUUUUAAUUGGAGCUUAUUUAGGCUCUCAUUUCUUUACAAAACAUUUUUUUUUAAGAUAAGCAAAUUUAUUAUCAGCCUAAAGGCAAAUUGAAUGCUUUGUAAACAAAAUAACUUAUUGGUUAUAUACGAUAACUUACUGGUUAGCCUUUGAAUGCUGAAAUAACUACUGAAUCUCUGGUAUUUCUUACAUAAAGUACCAGGUUUAAGUAAUUAUUGAAAACUAAUUACUUUGCUGCCUCUUAAAGAUGCAGUCUCAGGUUGAAUUAUAAAAAUGGAAGGUGUUCUCUCUGUAAGAGAGAUUUAAUAUUUUGGUGCUGUUGUAACUUGAACAGUCACUGUAACUCCCUUGACUUUAAUUUAAAAUGUAUGCUGAAUAUUGGCACUAUUAUGCAGUUCAGUAUUGCAUAGUAAAAUCAUGUGUUUGGAACUAAAAUACAGAAUUGUGUUUUUCUUUAGUAUGUGGAUCUGUUAAGUGAUUUCCUAGUUGAAGAAAGCAUUUGCAUUCCACUGGGGGAAAAAUUGUUUUACAAUCACCAGUUUGUGUCUGUCAGCAAUUUAACAUUUCACACAACAUGUUCCUCCUUGGUGCAUUCUUGAAGAAAUAUGAAGCACAACAAAUUUUUGUUUUCGUCUGGCAUAAUGUUGGGAGUCCCACAUUACUAUGUUGAAAAAAACAACAGUGAGAGUCGAGAUGGACAACUUGCGGUCCUCCAGAUAUUGUUGACCUGUAGCUCCCAUUAGAUCACACUAGUACUGUAUAGCUAAUAAGUGAGGGAUAAUGUGAGAUGCAGUUUAACAACAUCUGAUGGGCUACAAAUUGCCCACCCUCAACUACAAAUGCCAAAUGCAGACCUGUUUUCAUUUUAAUCUUCUGAGUAGAUCUGCUGGUAAAUAGCUGUUAAUAUGUACUUUGCACAGUUAAAUAGUUGAAGUUGUACUUGCAUAUGCUGUAAUUGGUGGUUCCAGUGGGUAAUCAUAGAUGAGUGUGACUGCUUUUGAUUCCAGGCUUGCAUGAGCUUCAUAAGUAGGAGAGAUCUGCAUGGGACUUGUCCACCACAGUAGUGUUUCUGGAAUUUUACAAUGACUUUUACAGAUAUACAUUCUUGGAAUACCAUAGUUUGUUUCUGAUUUCUUAGGUAUUUGAGACUGACUAGGCACAACAUGAGAGCUCUGUAAACAGUAUAUUAUGCUUCCAGAAGUUCAAAGUAAAAAAUACUGGUGGAGAAACUGUAUUGGGGAAGCAAUUCUGAGAAGGGAUGUUUAACCUCUCCCCUGAUGUAUGGUGGUCAUCUAAUCUGAAUAGAACUGCAGUUUGUCCUAUGGACGAAAGACAUACAUGAAACUGUACAUUUUCCUCUGCAGGGCAAAUAGCAGCCAUAGGGCAGGGAAGAGGAAUUUAGAUUGUGAAAAGGGUCAGUAAUGGAAAACAUUGAACAUUCUUUCCAGCCCAGUCUCUUUAAUCCAAUUUAGAUUUUUUUUGUGGCUGCCUCGGAUGGAAAUCAUGAUAAUUGAUCUCCUACAUAACAUCCGGAGUUCCCCACCUCCUUGGUUCUCUCUAUUAAUUGCUGCUGCUUUAUAUGCUGCAUUCAAGUAAUAUGAUUUACAAGCAAGUAUCCAAAAUUUGCUCUGAAGGCCAAAAUAGAUGGCCUGGAUAGGGCAGCUUGAAGCCACUCCACCUGAAGACAGAUUGGAGUCUUGGCAUCCGCACGCUGCACUUUUGAUCUGCUGCUGCGCCAGCUGAAAAAUGAGCAGUUUUGAAUCGCUCCUUUUUUGGCUGCGGAAAAGCUGCCUUUCCCAGCAGGUUGGGGGCUUGCAGCAUGUAACUGCCACGCACCUGGGAUGCCUGGAAGUCAGCUGAUAUGUGGCCAGUCUGGGCGCCUUCAUGCCGGUCUGUACCGGUCUGUAAGUGAGAAAAUACAGGGUGCCAAUUCAGUGACAGGUCAUACUGACAUAUUCCUCAGUCACUGAACUUUGCCACAUUCUAUAUUUUCAUCUUCAAAAUCCUUGCUGUAGUCAAACUGAUUUGAGUCAUUUUGCCUGUGAGCCACUUCUUGACAUUUAAAAAAAAUAGUUACAAUGGGCAUUCAUAGCUUCUAACCAAACCAAACAUAGUCCACCUGAUAAAUGAACAAACAACUUGAGUGACUUGUUGUGGAGGCUCGAGUCAUACUAUAAAAUUGAGUCACCUACAGUGGACUGACAUGCCAACUCAUUUAUCCAAUAGUUGGCAUGUCUGCUCCAUUCACUGUAGGUGGCUUGUUUAUCAAAAGUUGGCAUACUGGUCUAGUGUGGAUGAUUCAGUUUUAAAAGCAUAUCUUCAAGCAUCUUCAUAAUGAUGCAAGCCUGAACAAUAAAUCAUUAAAGAUUUCAACGUGGAAUCUUCUGAAAAAUAGUUGUUCAUUACAGAAAUCUUUGUCAUGGUAAAAUAAUGAUAAAAUCAGAAAAGUACAAUAACCUGUGGCCCACCAAAAGUUCACCUAAGUAUUGAUAAACUUAUCUGAUCCCUGCUCAGGAUUAUAAAAUCAGGAAAUUGAAAACCUGAUCAGAUGAUCUGGGCAGGGCUAAUGCAUCACAAGUUGUAAUGUAUAAGCCUAUCGGAGAAAGAUUUUGUAUGGUGCUGUCUCCAUUUUAUUGCAUAAUAGCACAUUUAUAAGAAUAUCCACAAAAGAAUUAUAAUGAUCUUGUUCACCUCAAUGUGACCUUUCCUUAUAAUUGUGUAAUAUAAAGGUUAAUUGCUCUUUUGUUUCUCUACUGCCAUCAUGUAGAUUUCCUGUGAUCUUAAAACAGAUUCAAUACGUUGCUUUUUGAAAUAGAACUGUGAUAUUGUUACGCCAUAAAUACAGACCGUUUCUUUGCCCAUAGUAAUAGAAAUAUUUUCAAUCAAAGACUAAAAUACUAUUCCUGAUUAAUUUUCAGUGUGUAUUUUCCAAUUAUAUUGGUUUGUUUUCAGAAAGAGGGAACCAAUACUGUUGAAUGACUCACGUGGGAAGAAUUUUCUGGCAGUGGAGAAAGGUAUCCUUGGAUUGGAUGGAUUGCUUCUCUUGCUUGCUCUAAUUAGCAGGAAGGAGACAAAAUCAAAUCUGCAGGUAUUCUCCAUCCACUGCUGGGGGGGAAAUAGGACAGUAUGUCAAAGGUCUUGUUUUUGCUGAUCUUACUUCCCAGGCUGGGCCUUCAACCCACUAGGGCAGCUUUUCAGGAAUUUGAACAGAUGAGAAAGAAUGGAUUACACCCCUCUCCAAGCCCUUUGUCCAGCGUGCCAUAUGUUCUUUGGGCACAUGGGAAAUCUUGAUACAACCCAAUAUCACUCAACCAUUUUGACAUAUGGUCUGGUUAGGUAUCUAGAUUAUCUGCAUCAACUAAAACUUUUAAAACACUAUUUGUCCAAUCCACAACUGUUCAGAUUUAUGACUUCAAGGAUAUAAAAACUUAAUAAUAAACACACUUUUUUCUUGGUAGCAUCCAAGCAAAUUCAAGCCUUUUAUCUGUGAUUGCUCAGUGGCAUUAGAAGAUGAAACUAUCAAUCUGAAAAUGAAAAGAGUUGGCAUUUUAAUUUAGAGAAUUUAGUUGAGAUUAUCUUUUGAAAGGCUUUCACAACCAAUGUAAACUCUAAUAUUAUGGAUAGCUUAUAAUGCUUAUUUAUUAUUGAGUGGACUGUUUAAAUUGUACAAUUAAUUUAAUUAACAUUUCAGUGUGUAUAAUUUACUGUGUUUUUAUCAGAGCUUCUUUUUCUUUAUGUUGGAAGCUAUCUUGCACCCCCAGGAGGCUAGUGGAAUAUAAAUAAUUUAAUAAAUAUGUGCAAUUUUGCUGUG